UUCUUCUUUUGUAACGGCAGGGUUUGAAUGAGCAAAACACUCCCAUUAAUACAUGCCUUGAAUGAUUUUGCACAGUAAGAAUAAAUUACCUAACAUUUUUUUAAAACCAAAGCUACGAGAAAUCACCUGCAUAAAUACAAGAACAAAGAAAGCCAUAAACAUGGAGGAAAUUAUGGGGGAGAUUUUAGUUGUGCCAUUCUUUGGACAAGGCCAUGUUUUCCCAUUAACGGAGCUAUGCAAGAAACUCUCCUCUUUUCGUUUCAAAACUACACUCAUCAUUUCUUCUGAUAUCUCCUCCUCCGUCUCCUCCACCUUGCUCCUCCACCCAUUAGUCAGCGUCGCCGCCGUUGACGCCCCAUUACCACCGCCUCCUAAACCUGGAAAAUUUGAUCCUCAGCCUCUUAUGUUGCAUUGCAAGCAGUUGAGACAAGGCAUGGAAUCUAUCUUAAGAAGCUGCAGAUCAGUGAAAAACAAGUUUGCAAUUUCAGUUGUUUGUGCCAUAGUUGAUGCCAUGAUGUUGUCACAUAUUGAAGAUAUAUUCACCACAUUUCAGGUACCUAUUGUGGGUUUCUUCCCUUGUGGCGCAGCUUGCCUUGCCAUGGAUUAUGCUGCUUGGAAAACUGAUGUAGAAUACAUCAAUCCGGGUGAAACACGGUUUCUUCCCGAAUUACCCAAUGAAAUGGCCAUGGAUUACGUUGAUAUAGUUAGGAGAUAUAGCUCAUUAGAGGAAGCAUUUGGUUCUGAGAUUUCACGUACGAAAACGAAAUCAUUUCCGACACAACCUGGUGACGAGCCACCAUGGGUGGAAGAGGUAAAGGUUACAGUUGCAAUUCUUGUGAACACGUUCGUUGAACUAGAGCAAACAUUCUUGGAGUAUUUAGUAAAACAAACAGGACUUCCAAUUUGGGGCGUUGGCCCUAUGUUGCCAGAAAAAUUCUGGACACUCACUGCCUCAAAAUCCCUCCUUCGCGAUCGCGACAUUAGAACAAAUUUUAGUCACAAAACAAAUUACUCAGAAGAUGAAGUACUCAAUUGGUUAGACUCAAAGUCUCCUAGUUCAAUCAUUUACAUUGCCUUUGGUAGUGAUGUUGUGCCCACUUUGGAAGAACAUGAAGAAAUAGCAAAGGCACUAGAAGAGAGUUCAAGGCAAAAUUUCAUAUGGGUAAUCUCCAAAAAUCAAGACUAUUAUCCUAAUGGCUUGGAAACUCAAGUUGGGAAAAGGGGUUUGAUAAUAAAUGGAUGGGCACCUCAAUUGUUGAUAUUAAGUCAUUCGUCGACAGGUGGAUUCUUGACUCAUUGUGGAUGGAAUUCGACUAUGGAAGCGAUUGGACAAGGGGUACCUUUAUUAGCAUGGCCUAUUAGAGGUGACCAAUUUUAUAAUGCAAAGUUGAUAGUGUGUUAUCUCAAAAUUGGCCACAUGGUAUCAUCAAUUGGAGAAAAUAUUGGGUUGAAAAGGGUUAAGAAGGAAGAGAUAAUACAAGGGGUUCAGAGAUUAAUGGAGGAUAAACAAGUUCAUAAUCGAGUAAAGGAUUUAAGUCACAAAUAUAGACAUGGUUUUCCAAUUAGUUCAGCAGCUACUUUGCAUGAUUUCAAGGAUUUUAUUAUGCAAGCAAAGUGAAGAGCGGAGAAUGUUAGAGGGUUUUGUCUGUGCUCUAGAGUAAGCUAUCUUCAAUUUAUUUCUUAAGUCCGCAUUGAAACUAAAAAAUCCUCGCAUCUAAAAUAAAAUACUUUGUACCCUAAUGUCAUAAUUCAAAAAUCCUUUGUUACUUGUUACUUAUCCAUUCAUGACACUAGCAAAGUGUUUCGUAUUUGCUACUGUUAAA